UAAGACUACAUUAUUUUGUCUUUUAUUAGGUCCAAAAACCCUAUUAUGCACCCUCUUUUGGUCCACCGACUUUGAGUGCCUGACGCUGCCUCCUCCUUCACCGGGGGUAAGGUUUUACAAGCAGCGUUACCACAUUGACCCCAAGAUCAGCUUGGUUAAGAGAUAAAAUGGGCGCACCUGAUAUGGCAGAAUUGAAUUUCACUGAUUCUGAGUUGCCUUCCCGUGUUAGGAAUGCUCUUAGAGCUGCUGUUAAGGGUGACAGCGACUUUUAUAACCAGCUUGUAGCAGUGAUACACCAUAAGGAACGUCUGGCUGCAGAUGAGGUGGCUCUUCUUCUGGCGUGUCUGAAAGCAGUCAGGGGAGCCGUUUCGUGUAUAGACAUUGUUCAUCAUAGAGCGCUUCUUGCCGCCAUAUUUGGAAUGAGUUUGUGGAACUACGGGAAUGAUGUGAUGGAUGCAUUGGUUGGAUUACUUGUUUCCUUGGCGUCAUCAAGUGGGGAAUAUGUUGAUUUGUGCUUGGAUAUGCUUGUUGUGAAUUUCGUGCCUCCAUUCACUUCUCCUUCUGCUACGUAUUUUCUGGAACUUUUGAAAAAACCUCACGGUCUUGCUAAGAAGAGUCAAGUUCUUGACCGGGUCCACUCAACCUUGAAAGAUAUUGCAAAUGUAGUCCCACUUUCACCUGUGAGACUGGAGAAGAUAGUGAGGGAUAGAAUGCCUAACAUAUACGCCAAAGAACCAACGCAGCUACUAUGCCUGAAUGAAAGAAAAUUGCUGAGGCUGUGGUUCAGCACCAUGAUGCAAGGUGCACAUCGUCUGCCUUUUUUCGUCUAUGCAAAAGCCUUCAGAAAGAUUCAUCAAGACAAGACGCCCUUCGCAGAUGCAAUAAAAAGGCACAUUGUUAUGUACGUGGAGAAUAUGUUGAGGUUAGAGGGCGGUGUGAUGGGCGAACUAAUUGGGAGCACUAUUCUCGUCGCAUUAGUGGAUAGACUGAUUGAGUUGGAUGUGGAAAUAGCAUGGGAUGACAUUUUACAGGAAGAUUUUCAUAAGGGUAUAUUUGAUAUGGAACUUGAGGACCUCAACGGGAAUGCAGACGAUAUCGAACAAGAUUCAAAUGAGCUGACACGGGAAGCCUUAAUACAAAGGUUCUUUAGUGGAAACUUAGUUGCUGAAAAGUUAGAUAGCCUGAUGGUGCUCACAUUUGAACACAUUAAAUCCUGUUUUGAGAGUGGACGUCUCGCUCAGGUGUUUGAGAUCCUUCUCCAAUCAUUUCAGAAAACAGUUUUGACUGCAUAUAAAGCAAAGUUUACCCAGUUUGUCAUGUUCUACGCUUGCUCACUGGAUCCUGAAAAUUGUGGAAAGAUGUUCCUGAACAUGCUUCUAGAUAUCUUUGUGAGCAGUCUCAAUCCCGAAUGGAGAAUGGGUGCUGUUGCAUAUCUUGCUAGUUAUUUAGCUCGUGCUAAAUUCGUGCCGGUAUCAUUUGUUGCUGACAUGCUGGAAAGUGUGGUGAACUGGUGCUUCCUAUAUUGCAAAAACCAGGAUGGUGACAUUAAUCCAAAAGCUCAUAAAGUAUUUUAUGCUGGGUGCCAGGCAAUUAUGUAUGUUCUCUGUUUUCGGAUGAGACAAAUUGUGGCCAUACCCCGCCUCAAGUCCCAGCUACUGCUCAUGCGUAUUGAGGAUGUCAUUAGACACCCAUUAAGGCCAUUGCAGGUAUGCCUGCCAUCAAUAGUAGAAGAAUUUCUUCGGCUGGUGAAGGCAAAUGGUGUAUUUUCUCUGCCUCAAAGUUCCGUUAACUUUGGUCUCCUUGAAUCAGAAAAUUCAAUGGCGUUUGGCGGAAUAAAAAGAUUGGACAUGUUUUUUCCAUUUGAUCCCUGCCUAUUAAAGAAAUGUGACAGCUAUAUCCGGCCAAAUUAUGUCUAUUGGUCAAUGGUAAGAAGUAGUUAUGAUGAUGACGAUGAUGGAGAAGGUAUGAGCUAUGAAGAUGAAGAUGAAGAUGAAGAUGUUGCUGUAGCCUAUGAAGGAGAUGGAAUGAGUAUUCCGGACAAUGGGAGUCGGAGGAGUUACGAUGAGGAAAAUUCUGAUGCCGAUGAAUUUGAAUAUUCCCUGGACAAAAUGUCUAUUACACCUAGAGACUCGAGCAGUAAGUUUGGAGGCGGACAACAAAGAUUCAUGCAGAUGCCAUCGAAAAUCAGGCCUUCAAUGAGUCCCGAGUCUUAUUGAUUUUAAACUUGUUGUGAUUGGUAGGUUGUUUUCGUAUAGUGUAUUAGAUCUAUUUUACCUGUUUACUGAACUACCGGGCUCAUUACUCCCGAACCAUAUGUACACUUGGAAUUUUGUUUGGCUCCCAACUGCAAAGUGUUGGCUAGCAAAGACAAUUUUUUUAUGCUAAUUUCUGUCUCUAUGUAUUCAAUUGGGACUCACAAAAUUUUUUUAAGACUUUUUAAAGUGAGUGACUUUGGUGGAUUUUGUGAAAAUUUUAAAGACUUUGGUGUACAUUAUGAGACUUCCAUAGCGAAAUUUUACCAAUUUG